AUGGGCACGCCCGUGCGCGUCUGCGUCUUCACGGAGUUCACUACGCCCGUGCGCGUCUGCACCUUCACGGAGUUCACUACGCCCGUGCGCGUCUGCACCUUCACGGAGUUCACUACGCCCGUGCGUGUCUGCGUCUUCACGGAGUUCACUACGCCCGUGCACGUCUGCACCUUCACGGAGUUCACUACGCCCGUGCGCGUCUGCGUCUUCACGGAGUUCACUACGCCCGUGCGUGUCUGCGUCUUCACGGAGUUCACUACGCCCGUGCGUGUCUGCGUCUUCACGGAGUUCACUACGCCCGUGCGCGUCUGCACCUUCACGGAGUUCACUGCGGGGAAUGAGCCAAGAUCAAAUUGGUCACCGCUGUCUCAGAGGGGUUUUCAGUUCUCAGGCAGGCGCAACUGGAAUGCAGCAAAAGACUUGCAGAGAUACAGACAUCAUUACCCGGAUUUGAUAGAAUCAGAAAAUGAGGAGGAAGAAGAGAUGUGGAACUUGAGCUUUUAUAAAAAUGAGAUUUGUUUUUUGCCCCAGGGUUUGUGUAUUGAAACUCUGCUUGAAUCUUGGUGGGACAACUAUGAAGUUCUGGAAGAAAACCAUUCUUACAUACAGUGGCUAUUCCCUUUACGUGAACAUGGGAUGAACUGGCGUGCCAAGCCACUCACGUGUCAAGAAAUCCAGGCCUUUAAGAGGUCCGAGGAAGUUAUGCAAAGGUUUACACGUGCUUAUCAGCUCAUGCUGAGAUUUUAUGGAAUCAGUCUGAUCAAUGAGAAAACUGGAGAACUUAAGAGAGCAGAGAAUUGGGCUGAACGAUUUCAAAACUUGAACCGGUUUAGCCACAACAAUUUGCGGAUUACGCGCAUCCUGAAGUGCCUGGGGGAGAUGGGAUAUGAACACUAUCAAGUGCACUUGGUAAAGUUUUUCCUAACAGAAACUCUUGUUAAGGAGACGUUACCAAAUGUCAAGAGAAGUGCCUUGGAUUACUUCCUGUUCACCAUCAGGAGCAAAGAGGAGAGAAGAGAACUAGUCCACUAUGCUUGGCAACACUUCAGACCUCGAGGCAGCUUUGUAUGGGGACCGCGCGACAAGCUCUUGAGGUACAGACCGUGCUCUACCAAGUCACAGCUGCACCAAAAGACUGAAGAUGAACAGGAAACUCCUGGUAAAAAGUGUGAUGAUUCUGUGGAAGAAGAUGAGAACCAGUCUCUAGAGAUAGAACAGAAAGCUGGAGAUGCUGCAGACUUGCAGCCUAAAGUGAGUGAUGAAGAUGUAAAAGAGAAGUUAAGUGAAUGCAUUUCGAAGGGAGGGGAUGGUGAAGAGGAGAAAGACGCUUCAUUUACCCAGCAGGAGGAGAAGGAUUUAAACAGUGAGACUGAAGAAGUGCAGGGUGCGGCAGAGAAUGAUUGCACAAAGGAGAGCAAGAAGAGAAAACUGGAUGCAAACAUGGCAGACGCUAAAAAGAGUGGACCGUUGAAAAGCCCUACUGAUAUUGAAAAUAUUUCCCGUAAUCUGGGAGAAUGUGCGAUUGAUGCAGAAAUCCCCUCCUCAGCUCCGCUCUUAGAAGCAGAAGAGGACCAGGAAACACUGAAAGAAAACAAUGCAAGCACCAAAGACUCAACAGUGCCAGAGACCACUGAUGCAGCUGUAAAACGGAGGAAAGUUGAUAAAAGAACAUCAAGAAGCAAAACAUGCAACCUGGCCAUAAACCUGAACAUGGGGCUCUCUGCCUCUAGUGCCAAGUUAAAUCCAUCUGUUGCAAACACUGAGGCUGAAAAAGAAAAUGUCAGUGAGAAAAGUGCAACUUUGGAAACGACAAGUGAGAAGGGUGGUGGUGAUGCAAAUGGCGGGGCUGUGAGACCCCCGGUUGGUUCCACGCUCCCCAAGACUGGCUGGACUUCUCCAAUAAGUGAUGGCUUGGAGUUGAGUGGAGAUCAAGUGACAGCAAGGAGCGAUCAGCACCACUGCACCAGCACACUCCUGGGAGGCAAAAGUGAGGUAGAUGGGGUAGAACAGCAUAAAAAGGCAGAAAAUGCAAGUGAAGAAGGGCAAGCAGAAGUCACAGGCAAGAAACAAGUUCCAGAGAGCCUUGAGCAGAGCAUGGCAUCCACUUGUCCUGAAGAAGACAGUGCUGAGGUUGCAACGCAAGAACCUGAAAGCUCUGAGCGUGCAGCAGAACCUGAUGAAGAGCACGUAGCAGCAGAGUGAGACCAGCACGGCAAGCAUUCGAGCACGCGGAGAUGACGCUGCCCUAACUGCUAGGAGCCAGCUUUAGUGAUUUGGAUAGCAGAAGUACACGGAAGAAUAAACUUCCUUUGGACUGAUCCAGGGUAGCCCCUGUCUGACUUUCACCCUUCCAGACUUUUUUAAUAAUCUGUAGUAACUUCACUGAGAUCCAGCCCUUGGUUAUCCUAAAGAGGAAAACUCUAAUUUAGUCAUCUUCAUGGACAGGCUGUGUCCUGUUCCUGUUUUUUAUCUGAUGUUCAGGAUUAUCUUGGAGUAACAGGGGGUUUUGCACUUUGCUUUGGUUCUGGUAUGUCCCUUCUUAAAGAGAAGAGGAAAACUAACCUGUUUCCUUGUUUGAACUAGUCAAGUAUUUAUUAAAUACAUGAUUUUUAAUGUAAGACAGCAUGACCCAAUUUGCCAGGCCUUUCUAUUACCAUGUAACUUCUAUUUGUUGUUUUGAAAGGCUGUACCUUCCCAGGAGAUUUAUUCCUGACAAAGAUGCUGUGUGUCUGGUUUCUAGGGCAUAAAUCAUUAUUUUUGUGGCAUUUGCCUGGAAGAGAUGAGUAUAUGCAUUUCAAAUCAUGUAAGAGUGUAGUUCCCUCUCCUCCUAUAAAGAAAGUAGGUUUGACUUGAGGCUGGGAUAAAAUGCAUAGUCAAAACGUAUCUCUGACCAAUAUUAACCUUUGUGUACGGAUACUGUUCUCUAGGGUGCAAAGUGCUGAUUAGUUUGCUCCAUUUAUGCCCCGCAGAAGUUGCUUUGGAGUGCUUGUUAGAAUUGAGAAUAUGAAUUGUCUACUGGUUUCUAAGAGAAAAACGAUCAGACUUUGCGUAAAGCUGUCUAGAGCUCUUCUUCCCCAGGUUUUUCCACCACUUCCAGACCCUCGAUAGUCUUCCACAGAUACUUAUGUCCGCUACUGGUUCAAAGGCCUUCCUUCCUCAAUUGCCAAAAUAGAACAAAUGUUUGUCAUUGCAUCUUUUCAGACUCUGCCGUUAAUUUGCAGUUGCCCAUGGGGCUGUCUUUUCUGCAGGCCCACUGCAUGAAGUUAGAUGUGUCAAAUUUAACCCACUUCCUAGUUAGGGCAGGAUUGUUUUACCAUUAACGAUCAGCAUGUCAGACAGCGAGGGCAUGUUGGAGUACAACAUGUCUGGAAACCGCUGGGCUUUGUAGGGCAGUUAAUUGAAACUUUAAUUGGAGGGGGUACGCUUGUCUGGUUCAUUUAUUUACAGCCCUCGAGAAUUUACUUUCAGACCUUGCCAGCUCUUUGCCUGCCUUAAUGUUGCUGACCUCCCUGUUAGCUAUUUUUGCCUGAGUUACACAGUAUUCAAGCAAGUCUGAAGGAGCAUUAAACAAUUUAGCACUUUCGCUCCUAGAGAUUUACAACAGAGGACCUGUUUCAUGAAGCGGAGGAAACGGUUUCCAACAGCCAGAAGGUCUGGACUUGCUGUUUGCUCAGAUUGUUUGUUUUAGUUUUGGGGUUUUUAGGUGCUGUUUGUUUUGUGUGGGAAAUGACUAGAGGCUUGCCCGCCUUGCCAGAGAGCAGAUGCAGUAGCCUGUGCAAUGUUAAUGUUUUUCCUCUCUCUGCUACAGUUCUUAAGAAGCUUCAUCUUUCAAGGAAUUUGAUCAGUGACUUGCCUUCCCAGAUCGGGGGUCCUGAUCCAGCAUGCCACAUACACGCGUGUGGGAAUAAAAGUCUGCAAGCUUAACAUCUAAUGUUCAUGGUCACACAUGUGCUGGAAAAAGGCUCUAAUGUUUUUAAAAUACUUCUUUUUUUUUUUUUCUUUCUUAUGAACAGAGUUAAAUAGCCAAUAAGAAUACACUUAACUACAGAUAUAAAUACUUGACCAUGUUGAGUGAAAAUUCUUUCAUAAAAGAUUCGUAAGACAUUGUUCAUCAUGGCUUUUGUACAGAUUUAUAGUAAUUUUCUUAUUUAAUGAGCUCAGUUGGGGCAUAGAUCAUAUAUUGUUAUGGUGAUGUGUGGUUUGUUUUUGUGUUUAAUGGGAUUUCACUGUGAGCCCUAGACUGGAGUGCUCAAACCAAACCGUUCCCUGUCAUCAGGUUUAGAGUUUUGGCUAUAGGUGUUUGCAGUGAGUUCACAGGAUGUUUUCCAGCACUCAGAGCUGUAUCACAGUGUCUGUUAAAUUAAUGUCGCCUAUUAAAGCAUGACUUUAAUGC